AUGCCCAUUGCCCCAUUCCCGUUCCCAUUGCCCCGUUCCCAUUGCCAUUGCCCCGUUCCCGUACCCGUUCCCAUUCCCCCGUUCCCAUGCCCAUUGCCCCAUUGGGCUAGGGGGGCAGCGGCUGCCGAGGCGAACCGGACGCUCUUCGUGGGGAACCUGGACCCCAAGGUCACCGAGGAGCUCAUCUUCGAGCUCUUCCACCAGGCGGGCCCCGUGAUCACCGUGAAGAUCCCGAAGGACCGGGACGGACGGCCCAAGCAGUUCGCCUUCGUCAACUUCAAACACGAGGAGUCGGUGCCCUACGGGCUGCGGCUGCUCAACGGGAUCAAGCUGUACGGGCGGCCCAUGCGCAUCCAGUUCCGAUCAGGGAGCAGUCACGCAGCCCAGGAUAUCAAUCCAUCCUGUUCCCAGCUCGGAGCUGCUGGCACCAGCCCUCCUGGGAUGCCUCAUCCAGCAGCCAACUGCAGCAGGUAUGAGAGGGUUCCAGAUGGCAUGGCCAGCCCCGGGUUCCAGUCGAGCCUGCAGAGACAAGCGGUGAUGAACAGCGCGGCUCGGCAGCAGCCCCAGUUCGGGGGCAAAUACGAGCAGGGCUUCGCCCCCGCCGGGUUCCCGCACCCCUUCCACGCGCUGCCCGGCUCCCCCGGCCCGCGGCGCCCCGAGGGGCCGGCGCCGCGCAAGCCCCCCCUGGGCGGCCACCCCUACGCCCCGGACGGCCGCCACCCGGGCCGGGCCAAGCGCGACGAGUACGGCUUCGAGGAGAGGCACGAGGCCGAGCAGCACUACCGGGGCGGCCGCGAGGAGCACUACGACGACAGGCACCGCGACGGCUGGAGCUACGAGUACCGCAGGGACAGCUACCGGGAGGCCAGGUGGCACUCGGCGCGGCACUGAGGGACUCGAGGGCAAAGCAGAUGUCACCUGCUUCUCACCGAGUACAUGUAUAAACCCCCCUCGCCCACAAAAAAAACCCAGUUAAAUCACCUUUUAGUGUUUGUAAAAAUACCAGCAGUGCAGUCCUGCCAAACUCUGGUCUCAGUAUUAAAUGUGUUAACUCACACUUCAGGGCUUUACAUGGGGUGAAAAAGCCAUGGUGAAGUUUUGGAGAAACCACCAUCCUGUCCUUGUGUCACAGAGAAGUGCUGUUAGAAUUUUUUUAGGAAAAAGGAACAUCUGUGUUAGAUGGAAGGGUUUAGCGUUUUAUGGGACAGAUGCUGCCUGGCAUCUGCAACAGUCCUCAUGGCAUUUUUUAUACAGCCGCACAAUUUUUUAUACAUCGCACAAUGGUCUGGGUUGGUAGGUACCUUAAAGACCACUUGACUCCAACUUCCUGCCAGAGGCAGGGACACCUUCCACUAGACCAGGCUGCUCAGAGCCCCGUCUAGCCUGGCCUUGAACGCUUCCAGAGAUGGAGCAUCCACAGUUUCCAUGGGUAACCUGUUACAGUGCCUAAGCACCCUCACAGUAAAGGAUUUUUUCCUAAUAUGUAAUCCAAACCUACUCUCUUUCAAUUCCCCGUUGUCCAUUUAAAAUACUACAAUAUUAUUGUGAAGAACAUUAAAAGUCUUCCUGGGGAAAGCCCCUGGGUCAACAUCCACGUU